AUGUCUUCAAAACUCAACAUCGGCGUCGUCGGCAUCGGCCGAAUGGGCCAGCGCCAUGCUCUGAAUAUCCUCCAUCGCGUCCCCCGAGCACGUCUUCUCUGCGUGUGCUCCCCCGCACCGCAUGAGAUUGAAUGGGCACAGCAGCAGCUCCAGCCGGAGGGCGUUCAGGUGUUUGCAGACUUUGACGAGAUGAUCGCCACCCCGGGCCUUCAGGCAGUGGUGAUUGCCUCCUCGACCCAUCUGCAUGUCAUGCAUACUCUGGCAGCCAUGGAGCGCGGCCUGCAUGUCCUCUGCGAAAAGCCAAUCUCCACGGAUGCGAAAGUGCUGGAAUCUCUAAUCGAGAGAACCAAAACGACACCCACCACCAGGUUAAUGGUAGCCUUUGUCCGGCGCUUCGAGAAGAACUACACCGACGCUCGAUCGAAAAUCGCAUCCGGAGUCAUUGGACAACCCCUCGUGAUCCGCUCCCAGGGCACCGAGAAACUCGACAAGACCGGCUACUUCAUCGACUAUGCCCGGGUGAGCGGCGGCAUCUUCCUCGACACCGUCAUCCACGACAUCGACCUCACCCUAUCCUUUUUCGGCGACGACAUGGUGCCCAAGUCCUGCUACGCCACGGGGCUAAUCUCCCACCACCACGAGAUGGCCGAGUUCCACGACGUGGAUAACGCCGUGGGCGUGGUGGAGUUCUGGGACGGGCGGAUUGCGCACUACUACCAUUCCCGCACGACGCUGCACGGGUACGACAACUGCACCGAGAUAGUGGGGACAGAGGGCAAGAUCGGGAUCAAUCUCAUCCCAACCGUGAACAAGGUGCAGGUGUCGGGGGCGAAUGGCAUCGUGUGCGAGGCGUUUCCCAGCUGGAUGGAUCAGUAUCAGGAGGCGUUUGUGGCGGAGAUGGAUGCGUUUGCGGAGGCGAUUCUGGACGGAAAGGAGCUUCCGUUGAAGUUGGAGGCGGCGUUGACGGGGUUGAAGAUUGCGCGAGCGUUGCAGGAUAGUGUCGUAUCAGGGAAGAAGAUUGAAUUCCAUGAGAAUGGAGAGCGGAAGUAG